GUGUCAUCAUGAUGGAGGAGUGGUGUAUCGAAUUGAAUAAAGGGUGUAGGUAAAAUCAAGUCUAUCCAUGCCAGGAAAAAGCUUACCUUGAUUAUUUAAGUAUGGAAAUCAAAGAGACGGCAAUACAAAAGGGCGCAGCGCCUCAAUUCAUGGUUAUGUGCGCGUGUAUGAAAGGAGAGCAUCGCAUCCAUUUGGUGAGUCACGGAAAGGUGAAAAAAAAUCGAUCAAAGAUGGCAAUACAAUCACACACACGCACAAAUGCACAAAACGCAACCGAGAGCCGCGUUGUGGCCAUUCUCUAUCCUCCCGUCUUCAUCUACCACUGUACCCAACAGAUCCUUCUUCAACUAUACAGUUGUUCUGAGAGUAAUAUGUCACUUGCAUCAGGUCAUCAUCGCAUCAUGGUAGCCACACAGACGGGGCCCUCGUGAUGAUGGUUUUAGGCAAGGUUGCUGAAAAGUGCAUUCUGGACCAGGCAUCGAGGUAUCGUCGGGCAGCAUCGUGCUUGUCGCUGAGUGAUCAGAACAGGGCCGGCGGC